AGGGUUCGCUCUUUUAAAACGACGUCCAAAGGAGUUGUUAACCGUGGUGACUCUUUUAAAAAGAAAAGCUCUCGUAGUUUGAGGCUUAUGACGACGGGAACGGACCACCGAGACCAAACAAAGCGGACCAUUUCACAGGAAAAAGAUGGAUCUAAUCAUUCUAAUAGCUCGAGUGCCCCUGGGUAUUAUUCAGUGAUAGUACUAGGGGGUGCCGGUGUGGGCAAGUCCACCCUCACUCGUCAGUUUAUGACCUCGGAGUAUAUUGAUACCAAUGAAACAGGUCAAGAUAGUGACGUAAUGACAGUUAAUGUAUUAUUGAAUGGUGAAGAAUCUACCCUCGAGUUUAUUGACCCUCCAGAUAAAAAUGUUUGUGUGGAAGAUUUACAGCUCGAUGCCUAUGUUAUUGUGUUUUCUAUUACGGAUAAAGCAUCGUUUGAAACAGCGACUAGUAUUGCUCGGUAUCUACGGAUUGAACUAGGUACUGAUAGAGCUAUAUUACUUGUAGCUAAUAAAAUAGAUCUUGUGAGGAAGAGAAAGGUGUCAGCCGACGACGCCAGACUGUUAGCUACUGGGUAUGAUUGUAAAUAUGCUGAAACAUCCGCCGCCCUCAAUCAUUACGUCGAUGAACUGCUUGUUGGUAUCCUUAGUCAAAUCCGUCUG